AUGUUCACGUUUCAGACGAUGAACAGGAAGCGGGGCAGGGACGACGAUUCCGACUCGGACGAUGCUCAUAGUCGUGACCUCAAGAAAUCUCGCCCGUGGUCCAAUGAGCACAUCAAUUAUAGUCACAGACGCUACCCGACGCCGACGAAUCUACCUCACAAACCCUCUAUGACACCAUCGCCGCCCAGGAUAGUCACGGAUAUAGAAGCAAUGACGCCGGCACAAUCAGAAUAUGGAGGGGCCAAUUCUCCAGAGUCUAUCACCUGUGGCCGUGAUUUGCAGUCCUUUGAAUCGAAUACGAUGGACUACGAUAUGGAUAUGGAAGACGAUGUCGAUGUUCGCAGCCAGCCGCCAGAGUCGCCCGCGUUCAGUACCGUUGGAAGUGUUUUCAUGCGCCCCGCAAUGCUAAAGCCUUCCUUAUUCGAGUCAGACGCCGCCAACACCGGACGAGUACCAACACCCAUAUAUCCAACGUUCAAGCGAGGAGGAAUGCACGGGCUGGGAUAUCCAACAAGUGGCUCCGCGGGUGGCAUGAACACAAGUAAUGGCAGUCUGAGUGCGCUGUCAAUGCAAGCGCCGCCUGCACGACAUGGAAACAGGCAAGAGAUGGACGAUGACCGAAGCAGGCGCAUACCGUCGCCAAUAUCAGAGGACGAGGAUAUACCGGAUACACCGACCGCGCUCACACAAUCGCAACUAUCGCGACUUAGUUUCUCGCAUGCAAACGCUGACCAGAUGGAGACGGAAAUACCCCCAACAACCCUAACCUUACCGCCUACACCUCGGGGUAGGAAACGAAGUGGUGCUUUGACUGGCAUGGGGCGCUUCAGCAUGGGCUACCGAGAGGAUUGCGACAAGUGCAGACAGCGGGUACCAGGGCAUUACUCGCAUUUCUUGCCUUGA